UUUUUUGACUGUUUCCUGUUCUGCGGCUACUUAGUGGGGGAAGGGGGGGGGUGCACUCUCUCACCCUCUUUCUCUCUUAUCUCUUCCUCUCUCUCCUGCCGCAGUCGUCAUGACGACUGCCGUCCAACCUACUGAACUGGUGUUUGAGUUCGCCAGCAAUGGGAUGGAUGAAAUCAACCAGCUGGAUGACCCGUCUGUGUUCCCCGCGGUGAUCGUGGAGCAGGUGCCGGCAGCCGACCUCAUGCAGGUGUACUCCGGACUGGAGUCGGACGAGGUGCCCAACGGCAUCAUGGCGGACACCUCGCUGGACGUUGCUGAGGAGCAGAUCAUGGGCGGGGACAUCGGGCUCUCCGAAGCAGUAUGCCCGGACGCCGAGGGGACCAUCGAGACUGUAGAGGCAGCUGAGGCCCUGCUCAACAUGGAGUCUCCCAACAACAUCCUGGACGAAAAGCGCAUGAUUCACACCUAUGGCACACUGCUGGACCAGGAUCUCACCUACAUCUCCCUGCGGCCAGAGCAGCUGUCCAGCAAUGGCGUGGACAUUUCUCAGGAGGAAGACGAGUCUAUGGACGACAUUGCACCCAAGUGCCCUGUCAAACCACAAAGGAAAACCAAAGUGCGCAAGCCACGGAUGGUACGGCCCUGUUCCCCUAUCACCACUCCAAGCCUGCCCCUUAGGAAGAAGAGCAAGGAGGGCAAAGGCAACACCAUCUACCUGUGGGAGUUCCUGUUGGCCCUGCUCCAGGACAAGAACACCUGUCCCAAGUACAUCAAGUGGACACAGAGGGAGAAGGGCAUUUUCAAACUGGUGGACUCCAAGGCCGUGUCCAAGCUGUGGGGCAAGCACAAAAACAAGCCGGACAUGAACUACGAGACCAUGGGAAGGGCCCUUAGGUACUACUACCAGCGAGGGAUCCUGGCCAAGGUUGAAGGGCAGCGGUUGGUGUACCAGUUCAAGGAGAUGCCCACUGACCUGGUGGUGAUCGACGAUGAGGAUGGCCAGGCGUCUGACCCCAGCCCGGGCCACAGAGGGCACCGGCCCACCCCCCACGGCAGGGGUGUUUCCCGCGGGGGAGCAUCCCGGGCUGGGCAGGCGAAGGCCCCCGGGCAGCCGGUGCUGCUGCGCCCCGUGAAGAGGGAGCCCAGCCCCACCCUGCUGUACCCUCAGGGCGCAGGCGACAGGCAGGCUGAGCAGCUGCUGCAGACCCUGCAUGUGCUGCAGCCCAACCAGGGUGCGGCUGCCCCCACCCCCACGCAGACUGUGAGGACCAUCAACGUGCCCACAUCCGGGCAGGCCACCGUCCCCGUGAUGCUGUCGUCGGGGGCGCCGGGUGGCGGCACGGUCACCCUGCAGACGGUGCCCCUCGCCACCGUCCUGGCCAAUGGGGACGCCGGCCAGGGCUCCCCGCAUAGGGUCAUCCUGCACACUGUGCCCUCCUCGGGGGUCAAGGACGUGCUGACCUUUCAGACGGCCGCCCUGACCUCUGUGGCGGGCGGCCUCUCCGACGGCGGCCAGCCCCAGCCGCAGCAGCUCCUGGUCACGGGCCUGGGCUCAUCCAGCGGAGGGGUCAUCAGGACCACGGCCCAGCCGGCUGCCGUCAACGGCCUCCCGCACCUGGUCACCUUCAGUGCGGGCGGGGAGCCAGUGUCAGCAGGGCAGCACUCGCUGCAGCUGAAAGAGGAGGUCCUGGACCCCCAGUACCUGCAGUCGCUGGUCAACAGCGAUGCUGCGGUGGCGUUCAAGCAGGAGGAGGUGGAGGGAGGCAAGGCGGAGCUGGCCUACAGGACCGUCAUCAUCAGGCAGGCCCAGGACGGCCCCAGCCUGGGGCCUGUGGCCAACGGACACUCGGGGGACGCCAACGACCAGCUGUCCGGCAGCCCCAGCGAGGGACUCACGCCUGUGGAGGAGCUUGAGGUCAACGGCGAGCUGGUCCUGCAACCGGAGGGUGAGGGGAAGGCGCUGGACGAAGCUGUGAAGAUGGAGGAGCUGUCCGUCACCAUCCACGUCCCUGCCUCCGACUUCGGCCCCACCCAGUUGAAGGAGGAGCCUGUCGAGACAUAGAGGUCAAAUUCGUCUCGCCAAUGAAAUGGAUACCAAAAAUGAAAAGAGAAAAAAAAAAAAAACAAAAACAACCCAUUCCUUUUUUUAGACCCUGCUGAAAGCUGGGGAAUUAUAAUUUAUUGCUCUUAAUUGUAUGUUAUGUGUUGGCCUUGUUCGUCUGUUCAAACAGUGUGCCUAAAUUUGAAUGUCAAGGGAGUUUUUGUGUUUGUGUUUUUUGUGGUGCAAAAACCCUCAGAGAGGAUGUCAGAUAGCACACUGAAUUGGCGACUCCCAUUCCUCCAUUCAUGUGGCCACUCCUGCUCAACUCCUUCUGGGGGAACAUCCUUGUAGAACUGGACUGUGCCUACCAAUUGUUGCCUACAUAUCUCACCAAAUAGACUAUGGGAUUUGUGCCUUGACAUAUUUGUGAUCCAGGGAGAACAGUCCCUUUGAAGAGGGACAUGCUGUUUGCCACUGCAGCGAUCAGAGAGACCAAAAAAAAAAUGUCAGGUGGGAGAAAAUAAUGAAAUCAGACUCGCAGAAUAAGAAAGCUUCCUCCCACCACUCCCAGCUCCAUCUUCAGAGGAAAAACAACAAUGGACCAGAUACUGACGCAAUGAAUAUGCAACCUCAAACCCAAAUGUAUGGACUUGGACUUCAACCAACCCGUGCCCCGUCCAAAGUGAAGUCCAUAAGGCAACGAAUUUGUGAUCGUGAAUGGUUUCCUGCCUGUGUGUGAAAGCUGGAAAGAAAUCAACACCUUCUUCAUAGGUAUGAUGAAUAUUGGUUUGAGGUUGACCCCCCCCCCCCCCCCCCCCCA